AUGACUAGCAAGACCCUCAUGCUAGGAGUUUCAUUUAAAUAUCACCUGGGGCUGAUAGUAGCAUUAAAAGUCAUAAACAUUGACAUCACAAUCAUCAUUGUAAUUCUCUUCAAAGCCUGGACAAACUCAGACUCCAAAAAUUAGUUACAAAGACUAAGUCAAGAUAAGAAAUAAGUAAUUUUGUUUUAUAACACUUUAGUUAGAUAACUUCUAGUAUAUUUUUUAAGUUAUAUCACUAAUUUCGUUGGCUUGCUUGGCUUACAGAUUGAAUUCGUCACUGCUACUUUUUACCAAGACAAAGAAGACAACAAAGAUCCAAAAGCUCUCAAGAUUAGUUAUGCUGAUGUUUAAGUUAUCUUAAUGUCAUGUGCUGUAAUGUACUUUUUAAUGGGAUGUAUUUUGGAGUACAUUAAGAGGUCAGAUUUGCUGAUUGCCCUUGGAGCUGUAGAGUUCAUGUUUGAUGACGUAGACAAUCGAUAUCACAAUCUUAUCCAAUAGCUAACUCACAUUGUUUUAGCUACAAGAUUUGCCUUGCUAACAAUAUUUCUAAUAGGAUUAGCCAAAUGGUUUGAAAAGAAAUAUUUAUACGUUAUUAUAGGAAGCUGGCUUACUAAUGAAUAUCUGUCUAUUAAAUGUGGGUAACUGCUAAUAUUACACAAAGGUGAAUUGAUGGUAGUGUCAGGACUAGCAUUAAUUAUCCUGGCACUUAUGUUCCUAAGAUAUUAUAGUUUAGACCCGAUCGAUUAAGGCAUUAUCAUUGGUGAAUAAGCAAUAUUUCUAACUUCUUAGCACACUAACCAAGUGUAAAACAUCAUAUCAGUAGAGUAGUUCAUGCAUGAAUCGAAAUAAGUCAAUCAAUCUGAAAUUAGAAAUAGCCAAAACCUUGUAACUAAUAGUCUUAAUCAAAAAGUAAAUGAUAUGGAACUUAUGGAGAGGAGAAUUCUGAAGAGAUGGAAAAUACCAAGUUUAGUCAAAAUUCUCUAGAUUGAGGGUGUAAUGCAGCUGUUUAUUGUGUAAUUUUCAAUGAUGGUCCUUUCAUUAAUAUUUGAAAUUAUUUAAACAGCAACUGGAGAAGAUAGUCUUGAUGAUAAUUAUGACUUGGUAAUAUUUAGUUUCUAAGGACUUAUCCUCUACACCUAGUACUAUAUGAUUUGUAUUCUCGGCCCUUUCAAUAUAGCCAAAAAUAGCUAGAUUUUAUCUCACAAGGCAUAAUUCUACACUUUGAAAGGCAUUGAAAUGUUUUUGUCAAUCAUCUGUAUUAUUGCCAUGUAUAGACUGUUUAAGAAUGAGUUCAUUGAACUCAGAAGUCUUCUACAGACUAAUAAUGAAGAGAAUAAAAAUUAAAAGAUGCUUUUGUCUAACGAGAUAUUAGAAACAUCAAGUGCUUCAGAUGACUAAGAGUCAGUUAAGUUUUUAUGA